UUGACACAUCACGCGCAUCUGCAUAAUCUACAUCACAGCGCUAAACAGCUCAACUCUUUAAACCUCCGUGAUUCUUUUCAGAAACGUUCAAAAGCUUUUCGAACGCGUCUUUUCGCGCUUAUUCUUUCAGUCAUUGGCGAACUCUUCUGACUGACAUCAUCUGGGUUCGAGCUUGGAUAAAAUAACAGUUUGACUUCUGACUGUGAUGAUGAAGAUGUUUGACAACAGUAUUAUUUCUGUUAGAGAAUGACUAGUCUGUAAGUCUUGAGUGUAUAAGCAUCGCAUCCAGUGCUCUUCAGGCCUCUUCAUCACGCCUCUUCAUCACAUUACACUGAGUUUGAGCAGACAUUGCAUUGCUCAAAUGGACCUCCAUCGGACUGCCUUUAAGAUGGAGAACUCCUCCUACAUGCCCAGCCCGCUGACCUCCCCUGCUCUCAUGGUCCUGGCUUCAACAGCUGAGGCUGGACGAGAUGCCUCUGUACCCUGCCAGCCCCCUCGUCCGUUUGGAGUGCCGGUCACUUUGGAAAAGGACAUGCACCUCCCGUUCCCCAGCGGCUCGUACACCUUCGCCUCAAUGUACCAUCGGCAAGGUGGCUUUCCCACUCGAGACUUUCCCACCCCUCUGCUCCACCUCCACCCACAGUUUGCCCCACCCAGUCUUGACUGCUCACCUCUGGGUAUGCUCAACCACGGAGCGGUGGGGGCCUUCCGGCCGUUCUCCUCCCCACCUGAGGAGCGUGAUGCAGGGGCUUACCAGUCUGCCUUCCUCCCUGCCAAGCGCUUGAAGGGCUGUCUGGAAACCGAGGCAUCACCCCACCUCCGCUACACAGAUGUGGAGGGAAAAGAUUUUGACUUUGGGGGUGCUCAUGUCCCUACCGGUUCACCAAACACCCUGAAGGUAGCUGAGGAUGCUGGGAAGAAGCUCUUUGGCUUGUCUGGGCUGUUGACAGAGGGUUCGCCUGGCCUAGAGGAGCACAAAGAAUCAAGUAAAGUGAAGGCCCUGUAUGACACUCAGACACCCAUGUGUCCGAUCUGUCAUGCUGUGCUGCGACCAGGAGAGCUGCAGGAACACAUGGAGCAGGAAAUGGAGCGUCUAAUGCAGCUACACAAUAGUCAGGGUCCUGCUCAAAAGGAAUGUCUCGCUGCUGGACCGCCUAAGUCUCUGUUUUCUAUGCACAUAAAGAGAGAGGGGUCCUCCUCCGCCUCCUCUCCACGUCCUGCGGACGAGGCUGUGCACUCCGACAGGUACCAGACAUUUUUGCGAGUACGAGCAAACAGGCAAACAAGACUCAAUGUUAAGGAGCUCUGCUGGUGCAGGUGCUACGCCAAACAGAAAGUGAAAUCUAUUCAUGUUUGGCCUGACUCUGGAUUCCCACAUGUAUCUACUUGCCCACUUUCUGCACGCAUUGGGAAACUAAAAAGACGGAAAGCAGAGGAAGACCAGAGAGACGUGUGUGUUGUUGAAGAUGGCUCCGUGCUGUCAGCUGGGAGGGAGUUUGAAUGGGCCGAACAGAGAAGAAUACAGAUGGUUUCUGUUCUCAGAGGCUUCAGAGGUUUGGUGAGCAGUACGUUGAAAGAACAUCAGGACAGCGAUGCAGAUCUGGAUGUGGAUGGCGAUGAUACUUUGGAGUAUGGAAAAGCACAAUACACGGAGGCGGAUGUGAUUCCAUGUUCAGGAAAUGAACCCAGAGAUGCAGAGGAGAGGCAGGCGUUAAGAGGAGCUGUUUUAAAUGGUGACACAACCAGCAGAUUAACUCCAGAGCAAACCAAGUUAGCAAACUCAGAAACACCUACUACAAGCAAUGGAGAGUUUGACAACAACACAAGCACAGCAUCUCCAAGAACCUGUAAGAACAGUGAGUUAGAAAUCUUGGUGGAUGACCCCUCCCUCAGUACGCUGGAGGCCCUGAAAACACGGAUCAGAGAUCUGGAGAAGCAGCUCACACGAGGGGACAGAUUCAAGUGUCUCAUCUGCAUGGACUCCUACACAGUACCUCUGACCUCCAUCCAGUGCUGGCAUGUCCACUGUGAGGAAUGCUGGCUUCGCACCCUGGGAGCAAAGAAACUGUGUCCACAGUGCAACACUAUCACCUCACCUGGGGACCUGAGACGAGUGUAUUUAUGAAGAGUUACAGCUGCCCUGUCAUCGGCCUGUUUGUACUCACAAACAGAUCACUUUUACUAAGGAGAACCUUUCUGGGCCGAUGCAAAACUUAGAGGAUGUCUCACCCCAACAGAGUCCUGUUGGAAUGCAACCCAGUUACAUGAAGACCACUGUGUUCAUUUCUUAGUGAAAUGGUAAAGUUUUAAAGUUUAAAAUCUGCCGCAACAAUAUUGUAAGGACAGUAAAACUGAUCGCAAAAUGUUGUAAAUCCUUGUUUUAUAAAAUAUUAAGUUAUUCUCAUAGAGAAAGCUCAAAAGCAAUCUGUCAAAUAGUUUUGUGAAUGUUUACACCGAAGAGUUCUUUUCUAAUUUGGAUCUAGCCGUGUUGAUAUCUGAAAUGGUAAAGCAGUUAACUUUUAAAUCAUUCAUAAACUGUGUUUCGUGUAGAAUGUGCAAAAAAGAAAUCAAUCUUGUACAUUUAUUUUCCAUACUUAUGUAAUUGUAAUUUAAUAGUGAAUGGGAUCUUUAAAUAUGGUUUAAGAUAAAUUAUAAUUUCAGCUGUUACACAGGUGAUAUAGUGUAAUUGUUUUUGUCUCAUGAACCCCUUAUCCUAAGCAUGCAUAAAACCUCAAAGACGAAACUGAAUAUGAUGCAAAAUUACAAAGCCAUUCUCACAAGGUUUGUAGAUUCAAAAAGUGCUAAUUUUAUCAAACAGUUCACAUGCAUAAAUAAAAAUAGUUUUUACUAUAGGUUCCAGCAACAGAUGUUGAAGUAGUUCCCUGUAUAUUUUUGACAUUUUGUGCUCUUCAACUUCAGAUGCUGUGUAGAAUUGUCUACAUUCUUGUAAUGAAUUAAUAUUCAACCCCUAACAGGUGAUUGGCAGGUUAUUGUAUUGAUAUGUACUGUACAGCAGAGCUGCAUCGAGGACCAUGUGAUUCCCUCCCUUAGCAGAUGGAAUUGAUUCUUAAUGCAGGAUAUGGACGCUGAGCUUGAUCUCUGCUUAGCCCUCACUCCUGUCCACUGCCAAGCAGAACAAAGGUCUGUUGACAUGAUGACUAAGCUCAGAACUAACAAAAAAGGAGUUCAAUUUCCUUUGUGGUAUUUUAGCAAUAGUUUUGUUACUGUCUAGACACUCUAGUCAAGUUACUACAGGUAACUCAAAGAUCAUGAAGCACUUUUGAUAGAACUGAAAUAGAAUGAAACAUAAAACCAGCUUUGUUUUAUGAUGAUGUAUUUUGUACAGACACGUG